AUGGGUAUCGUAGACGAAGAUCACCUUCGCCAGGCCGCGAUUUGGGCGCCAGUGGCUUUCGUAGCAUAUAUCGUCUUAAACCUAAUUUACAACCUCACCCUUCAUCCUCUGGCCAAGUAUCCCGGACCCUUGCUCUGGCGCAUCUCGCCCAUUCCCUCCAUCAUAUCUCUGCUGCGCGGCCGCAUUGCCUUUGAGUACAAGCUGCACCAUGACAAGUACGGUCCUGUCGUGCGUGUCAUGCCCAACGAGCUGUCGUUCAACACGGCCAAGGCCUGGGACGACAUCUACGGGCACCGCGUCGGGCUGCCCAACAUGGAUAAAGACCCCAUUCACGUGGGCUCCGUCGAAGCCAUACCUGGCGCGACCAAUUUAACCAUGGCACCGGAUGCGCACCAUGCGCGGCAGAGGAGAGCACUGGCUCAUGCCUUUUCCAAACAGGCGCUGCUGGAGCAGGAACCAAUUCUCAAGGACUAUGUGCGCUUGUUUGUGGAGAAGCUGCGCGAACUGGCACACAAGGGGGAGCCUGCGAAUAUGGUAUCUUGGUUCAAUUUCUGCACCUUUGACAUUAUUGGGGAUCUGAGCUUUGGCGAGCCGUUUGGAUGCUUGAGGGAAGGAGAAGGAUCCGAGUCAGCAAACUGGGUAGUCCUCAUCUACGAGGCCAUCAAAUCCGGAGCUAUUGAGCAGGCUACGCGGCGGUUUGCGCCCCCAGGCUCCCUGACGCAACGGCUCCUCAUGUGGUGUAUCCCCAGCAUAGUUCGCGAGCGGCGCUUCCGGCACCUGCGCAAUUCGAGGGAGAAAACCGUCAGGAGGAUGAAUACCAAGACGGAGCAUCGCGACUUCAUCUGGUAUAUCCUCAAGCAGCGGGAAAAGAAGAACGAAGUCAGCGACGACGAAGUCAUCAUGAACGCCGCCCUGUUCAUCGUCGCAGGCAGUGAGACCACAGCCACGGAGCUAUGUGGCCUGACAAACUACCUGCUGCGCAACCCGGAGAUUCUCGCCAAGCUCAAAGACGAAAUCCGCGGCGCCUGCAAGACGGAAGCCGAUAUCAACAUGGAUGUCCUGGCCAACCUGCCGUACAUGAAUGCCUGCAUCGAAGAAGGCCUCCGCAUCUUCCCUCCAGUCCCCGUCGGCCUCCUCCGCACCGUGCCCACCGGCGGCUCGACCAUCGACGGCCACCUCGUCCCCGCAAACACAUCCGUGUGCGUUUCAUCCUGGGGCGCCUCGCACUCAGCCUCGAACUUUGCAGACCCAGACACAUUUAUCCCGGAGCGCUUCCUCGACACCCCCGAGUCCAGCGCGCGGUUCGGCAGCGACGUCAAGAAGGCCGCACAGCCGUUUUCCCUCGGCCCCAGGGGCUGCAUCGGCCGGAACCUGACGUAUGUGGAGCUCCGCCUCAUUCUCGCUGCCUUUCUUUGGAACUUUGAUAUCGAGUUUGCCGAGCCGGGGGGCGCCAAGCUGUGGGAUCCAAGCGGCGAGUUCGCGGGGCUCAAGGCGUAUAAUACGUGGGAGAAGAGCCCGUUGAUGGUCAGACUGAGGGAUGUCAGGAUGACGGGUGCUUGA